AGUAACCCAAUGACACAGGGCACAGCCUAGGGAAGCAGGGGCAUGACAGAGCUGGAGGUGGAGAAGCCCCUCCUAGUUGUUUGUAGGGGAUUGGGUAGCAAAAGGAGCGGGCAAAAGUGACGUAGGGCAGGAUAAAAGGGGGGGACUGAGGUUGCCGCCCCCCCACUCCAUUUUGUAGCAGCAAAGAAAGACUGCAAAGAAAGAUUCUGCUUACCAUGGAGGGGAACCAGGAGCUGGCUGAUCUGGUCAGGAGAUUCCGAGACGCAGCUUCUCAGCAGGAUCCAGGAUGGCUACAGCAACAGCUGAACGAUCUUCUGGGGAGAGGUGAAACCGCACCCCCAGCCACCCGCCCAACCCGUCGCACAAGACCCCCAGCACGGCUAAGCUCACCGGCCACUGGAGGAUUGAGGAGUCGAGCCAGGAGGAUCAGUGCAAGCCCACACAAGGGGGGACAGACGAUCCGAUCCACUGUGACUGCUGCCAGGAGUACGCCAACGGCAGCUAACACGCGUCGCAGGGGCCCAGGAAGCAGGCAAGUAAAUAAGCCGGCAGACCACGUGACGCAGGCAGCAGUGAGAGGAAGGAGGGGUAGAAAGCCUGCUCCUCCGGCAGCAGCGUCUGCAUCAGUUACGGAGGACAGGCAAAGGGCUGUCUCCCCCUCCUCUCCUCCAGGCACAAGUACGGGCCCAUCAAUCAAGCGAGUAUGCGCCCUCUCGCAGCAUGCCCCUUCUGCGGUGGAGGGAGGGGGGAGGGGGAAGGAGCCCGCUCCGCAAACAGCAGCUGCAAGGGCAGAGCAAAGAGUAGGGCUCUCCUCCUCCCCUCAUUCACAAGUAAUCACGGGCCCAGGAAUUGUAGAAGGAUGGGACAGCCCCCAACACAGGGCAGGUGGGAGGAGGGGGGAAAAGCACGCUCAAAAAACGGCUGCAGCAGCAGCAGUGCGGGAUGACCAGCAUGGAGAGCUUUCCCCCUCCCCUCUUCCAGGAGCAACCACAGCUGAUAUACACAGCAGCCCCAGAGAACCAGUUCUCAUGGAGGCAGAACGAGGGGUACAGUCCAUUCCAUGUUCCCCCACACAUUCUACCCCCUCACUGACCUGUUCCACUCCCAGCCCUAGCACUUCAGCGAGGCGUCGGCUAAGCCGUGUUCGGCCAAGGACUUCCCCACCAGUCAGGAACACUGAUUUUACCAGGCCAGGGAGGCCGGCAUACAUGUCAACGGCUGGCCAGGCACAGGGUGGCAGAGUAAGCACAGCUCAGAUACACCACCGGGAGUCAGGAGAACGUAGGGUAGACACACCAACAGGGAGGCGAGGUUGGCGUCAGGAACCAACUUCCGCAAGUAGAAGCACUGUAAGGGGGACCAGACAAGGCAGGGAUCCCAUCACCCCCACAAUGGAAAGGUCACCGGCUCCCCGUAAUAGAAGCCGUUCAAGAAGCAGGGAUAAUAGCAGGAGAGUACGGCGGGAGCAUAGCCAUAGCUCUGUCAGGAGCAGCAGGAGGGACGUCACGGCUCAUGCUUAUUCGCAGGAAGCUCGAGUCAGUAGGUGGGAACGCAGUAGUAGGUCUCCAUCUAGGAGUUAUUCGCACAGGGAGGGGCACUCUUGCUGUCAUUUUUCUCGCAGGAACAGCCCAAGAAUGUCGGAAAGGGAAGCAUCGCAAGCAAGGAGCGUUACGUCCAAGGAUGGGACAAGGAGGAGGCGGUCCACCAGCCAUGACAGAGUUCCACCGGGCACAAUUCCAAAGCAACCUCCCCCCAAGAGCAACAGGAUGUCGAGCAGCUUGACGGCCCAGGGCGCAGCCACGGCCAGUGGGCCUGGAGUGGGAGCGUUUUCGGGAGGCAGCGCCGGAAGCAGCACCACAGCCAUGCCAAUUUCCACAGCAGCUUUGGCAGCUGGCGAGCGUAGACUGCUGGAGCUUGUAAAGGCUUCCUUAGCCAAGGCAACAUGGACUGCUUAUGGUGGCAAAACCAUGGUAUGGUUGUUGGGACAUUCAUUCAUAAGUCGGGCCAGAAGGAGAGCUGCAGUUCUAAAGGGAAACGCAUUACAGCUGGGCUUUCCGGAGGACCGUAUAGCAGUCAAAUGGUUUGGUUUUCCUGGUCUUCAAUGGUCAGGAGUAUGGCCUGCCCUAGUCAGGUUGGCCAAGGUGGAACAUCGUCCGGAUAUACUGGUUAUACACGUUGGGGGGAAUGACCUGGGCUUGGUAGCACAAAGGGAUCUAGUCAUCAUGAUGAAGCAGGAUGUUGAUAGAAUUCGGUCACUGUUCCCCGGCAUCAUAUUGGUGUGGUCAGAGAUAACCCCCCGGUUGGUAUGGAGGUUUGCACGGGACAUACAAGCCAUAGAAAGGAGCAGGGGGAAGGUGAAUAAAUUACUCUCCAUCUUUAUACGUAAGUCAGGUGGCAUAGUUGUCAGGCAUAGGGGGUUAGAGGACAAAACGAAGGGUUGUUUUUCCACAGAUGGGGUACACCUCUCCGAUAUUGGUAUGGCUCUCUUUACUUUCGCCAUCGCAGAAGGGAUUGAAAGGGCCCUGGAGUUUUGUUUGGCGGUGCGCGGUGCUCUUAAGGUGUCAAGUGCACGCGCGGGUGGCGGGAUCAUGGAGUCCAGGAACCAAUAGGUGUGUGAAUACGGGAGUUGCAGGGUUAAUGGGUAGCUGGAAGGCCUGUCACCUCAGGGGUAACAAAACACCACACGAAUAGCAUUUGGUUGGGUAGCAGAUGGGUUACAGGCUACUAUGGCAGCUGGCAGCGCUGUUGCGUUGUGCAGUUAUAUAGUUCUACUACAGUACGUAGGUAUUCAGGUUUACUGUUUGUUAUACAAAUACGAUUGUUAUUGUAUGCUAUGUUAAUGAUAUGGUAUCAUUUAUAGUAGUGUGUUUUGCACUACAAUACUACUUGUUAUAAUAAAAUUGUUCUGCGGCCUUUUCAUCCAAAAUGAUUUGUUGUAUUUUAUAAAAGGGGGCCUGGAGGAAGGGGGGUUGUUGGUUAGCUGGUAAGGGCUGACACAGGUACCGACCUUGCCUCUGUCAAGUAACCCAAUGACACAGGGCACAGCCUAGGGAAGCAGGGGCAUGACAGAGCUGGAGGUGGAGAAGCCCCUCCUAGUUGUUUGUAGGGGAUUGGGUAGCAAAAGGAGCGGGCAAAAGUGACGUAGGGCAGGAUAAAAGGGGGGGACUGAGGUUGCCGCCCCCCCACUCCAUUUUGUAGCAGCAAAGAAAGACUCCCACCCACCCUCCCCUAUAGAUAUUUGAUGGGAUAAGGAUACGGCGGGAUCAUGGAGUCCAGGAACCAAUAGGUGUGUGAAUACGGGAGUUGCAGGGUUAAUGGGUAGCUGGAAGGCCUGUCACCUCAGGGGUAACAAAACACCACACGAAUAGCAUUUGGUUGGGUAGCAGAUGGGUUACAGGCUACUAUGGCAGCUGGCAGCGCUGUUGCGUUGUGCAGUUAUAUAGUUCUACUACAGUACGUAGGUAUUCAGGUUUACUGUUUGUUAUACAAAUACGAUUGUUAUUGUAUGCUAUGUUAAUGAUAUGGUAUCAUUUAUAGUAGUGUGUUUUGCACUACAAUACUACUUGUUAUAAUAAAAUUGUUCUGCGGCCUUUUCAUCCAAAA